AUGUCGAGCGAGUCAUUAGACGAGAGGCUAACGGCCGAGAUUACACUGCUUUCGACCAAAUUGGUAACCGCUGUCGCCAAACAGCUGGACCUAGAAGAAGCAGUGCUUCACUUGAGGAAAGAGCUUCAGCUGGCCAAGCUUGAGCAACGCCGAUAUGAGCUGGAUUCGGCUAAGUACAAGGAGUUGGUGCCUAGAUACACAAAGUUGAGAGAGGACUUCCAGACUACCGAGGACAAAAUGAGACUUGCUGAAACUGAACGUACCCGUUUGGAGCACGAAGUAGAGGAUUUGACAGCAUCUUUGUUUGACGAAGCCAACACCAGAGUCAGUAAUGCAGCCAGAGAGACUCACAACUACAAAGUCAAAAACAAGAAGCUUCAAGAGGAGCUUGAAGAAAAGCAGACGAUUAUUGACGAUCUUCAGGAGCAGUUGAAGGACUUGAAGAUUUUGUUUAUCCGUAUUGACAAUCAACAAAGGCUGUUUGCGAACAGUACCAGCAAUGGCAAUAACAAUUCUAACUCCCGUUUGGGGACUCCACGAGUUGAACAGGGUAGUUUCAGCGCGUCGGAGAACGGUGCUUCUGACAGCUACUCCCGUACACUUACCGAAGACGAAUCAGGAGACAAUUCUACUACUCAGCAGCAACUCCGUGCCCCGGUAUUUUCGCCACUUGUGAGUCUGAUUCGCUUGGACCUCAACAACUACAACCACGACUUCAAAGCAUUUGUUUAUUUGCUAAUUCGACCUCUGUUCCAGUUUGACUUUGCGAACCUCAAGAAUACCCGUUUUUUCCGUAAAAUAUGGACCGAGGAGAUUGAAAACAGUAUCCUGGUACCGCCAUUGCCGAGCACGAGCUCGUUAAUGAACAGAUGGCUGAAGGGGAAACUGUUGUGGAACUCCAUUGUAGAAGGUAGAGCCGUAAUUCAACCAGUUAAAGGUGUUAAUGAAGUGUUUAAAUUGGCAUACAAAGGCGGGAAAGACGGUGAAAGAACUCCUGUAGCCAUUAAAGAUCCUUGUGGCUUCUGUGGAGAGUGUAGAGACGAUAUCUUGGAGCACUCCAGAUUGUACUAUAUCAAGUUAUUAGAGACUUCUGUCCAUGGCAGUAACGCUAAAGAUUCUGAUGUUCAUGAUGUAAUUGCCCAGUACCCACUUUGCAACUACUGUUUGAUCAAAUUACGUAACAUUUGUGACUUGUUUGCCAAGUUGAGGUUGAUCCACUCCAAUAUUUACAAUCUAAAACAAAACCAUGCGUUCGAAGAGUUUGGUCUUGUAUCUUCUUCCAACUUUCCACAGUUCAAGAGAACGAGUUCUGGAACCGGCUCCCCUAAUCUUCUGGGAUCUGAAGAUGGCAUUCUUACGAACACUUUAAGCAGAAAGGAGGAAUCCAAGUUGAUCAAGAUUUACAUCAUGUUAGCAUUGAUUAGAAACAAGAUUUUCUGGAGCAAAUUGGGCUUCUGGGACAAUGCGGCUAACAUUGACGAAAUCAACGUAGACGAAAUCCAUUAUGAGACUUUUAAAGAUAUGAUUUCCUCUUCACCAUCUUUGCACUCUAAGGAUUCAAGAAGAUCCACGGUAACAGAGGUCCCUUCUACUCCACAGACAAAUGAUGGAAGUGCCGUGUUCAAACCAAGAGAUGAAAAGCGCGGUCUGGCUUCAUUGGUGUCUCCUAGAGAGAUCUUACAGGAGAAAGCAAGUAAAAGUCGUAACAACAGCCAAAAUGGCACUGACGAAGAAGACACAGAUAAUGAACGAUUUGCCGACAGUUCAGACAAAUUUCAGGAAGAGCAAAACCAAACGAAUGGCGACACUAACGAUCAAGCUGUUGGGUUAGAGAGAAAAAACUCCAAGUCCAAACAGUUUACGAAGAAGAUGAAUAAAUCAUUAGAGCACACCAUAGAGAUGUUGAAGGAGAGUAUUGAAGACUCUUAG